AUGGUGUUUCCCGUACUCUAUUACUUGGUAGCGGCAGUCAAGCUGACGCUUGCGCUUUCACCGCUCUUGGUGAUUGUCGCUAUUUUCGCGGUGAACAAGAACUGCAAUCAGCGUUCGUCUGAAGGCUCCAGAUCAGGCGCCCGAAUAGAGUAUAUAGACUCAUCGGACGAUGACGUUAAGAAUGACUGGAAACUGUCGCAUCUGACACACACUAAUGCUUAUUAA